AAAUAAAUACAGAGCUUGUCAUGCUACUUCAUUCCAAAUUUGUAUUUUGACCCUCUGUAAUUUUGAGUUUGACAACACCCCUGCUCUCUAGUAUCCUGCCUUUCCUCCCUCUAAUGCAUGUGACAUGCCACAUUGUUUAUCAUUAAGGAUCAACAUGUCAUACUGUCUAAUCCAAGUUAAACUCUGAGCUACUUAUUAAAUCAAUCUCUCUACUGACAAUCUCUCUAUCCUGCAGUUUGGCCAAGAUUAGUGGGUUGAAAAGAUGUUUGUGAUGAUGAAUCACACAGGCUUUUUGCAUGAUAAAUCACUGCAGGUGUGUCCUAUACAAUAACAUUGUAUUUUUAAAAGGCAGGAUUAGCUCCUUUUACACCAAACUGACAAGAUGUUUUGCUGUCAUAUACUCUUUUUUUGUCCUGCGAAAUGAAAAGUUGAGCUAUUAUAGUUAUUAUUAUUCAUCAACUAGUUAUGCAGCAGUCAAACUGUCAAGUUAACUUUUGUUACAUAAGCUGCCAUUGUGUAAUAGAAAGAAGGGCACACAGCAAAGGUCAGUGGAUUGGGUUAGUUUGCUGAUAUGUUAACUUUGGCCUAGUGAAAAAAGAGGAUUGUGCUGUCUCAUGGUCAUGUUAUGUUAUGUAGCCUACUGCUGUGUGAGUUCACUUUUUAGUUCAGUGUGUUGCCUGCUGAAUGAGGGAGGAAUACUGUAGCUACAUUCUGCUCGUGAACUUACUCAAGGUGUACCAUGCUGUAUUUCCUGGGCAUGUGUGUCCUGACAGUGAUGUGCCAUGGGGUUGGAGUGGCGGGGGGCCAGACGUGCCACCCUCAGUGUCGCUGCGAAGUGGAGAGCUUCGGCCUGUUCGACAGCUUCAGCCUCACUAAGGUGGACUGCAGCGGCCGCGGCCCCGGCACCGCCCCCAUCCCCAUCCCCCUGGACACCUCCUUCCUGGACCUCUCCUUCAACAGCAUCGGCGCCAUCACGGACACCAUGCUGACCGGACCGGGCUACACCACCCUCGUCAGUCUGGACCUCAGCAACAACGUCAUCAGUAAAGUCGGCGCAGAAUCCUUCCUCAAACUCCGCUAUUUGGAGACCCUGGACCUGAGCCACAACGCCUUGGAGAGCCUGCCUGAUAGCUGCUUUGCAGGACUUGCUUUAGCGGAGGUGGAUUUAAGCAACAAUAGAUUCCACGAGUUCGACCUCGAUGUUUUCACCACCAAAGGGCUGCAGGAGAAGCCCUUGACUGUCGAUCUAUCGAACAAUUUUAUAACCUCCGUCACCAGAAAGCGACAGGGCUCUCCGCUGUAUAUCAAAAGCCUGGUCCUGGCCGACAACAGGCUGAGGAGCGUGCCUGAUCUGGAAGGCCUUCCGCUGCGCUAUCUGGGACUGGACGGGAACUGGAUCUCCGUUCUGAGGAAGGGAGAUUUCCAGAAACUGGGCGAUCUCUCUUACCUCAGCCUCAGUGGCCUUCCGAAGCUCUCUGUCAUCGAGCCUCUCAGCUUUCAGGGUUUGGAAAAUCUUCAAGUUCUGGACCUUUCCAACAACCGGAAUCUGAAGUCCUUGGACCCCGAGGUGUUCAGCAGCCUGAAUUCCUUGCAGGAGCUGAACCUGUCCAACAGUGGAGUUACGCAGCUGCCUGCUGCCAUUCUUAGCUAUUUGCCAAAUAUCAAAAGUAUAACUCUCGGCCCCAACAUUCACUGCUGGAAAACUCUGAAACGGGGCCAGUUUCACAGGCAAAUAGGAGGAGAGGCCAAAAAUGAUUAUAUAAUGUCCUGUGAUGAUGAUAUUGCCACCGGGUCUGACAAUUCCGUUUUGCGAUGAUCUUGGCAGAAGUGUAGAGAAUGUUUUCUGGUUGAAAGUAAACAGAGAUGAUGAGCCAGUUAAGAAGUGCCUUAAGUAGCGAUUGUUAUAUUUUUAAUAACAAACUUGAGAAGCCCAUCAUGUAGUGAUGCUCUUUUUAUUGAUGGCAUGCAUUUUGCACAUUUCCCCCAUUGAAAUCACAGUCUGCUGUGAAGUGCUUCUAAUGUGAUCAGAUAUUUGAAAACAAGUUACAGUAGUAGCUGUAAUUAUUUGAUACAGUUUGUUUUGUCUGUUUGUCCUAACCAGUUGCAUUUCCUGGAUCGAGUAAACGUUCCACGCUAUGAAAGCAAGAGGACCAACAACAAAGAUUUACAGCACUGUUGUGUGCUUCCCUUUGAGCACCAGUUUUUUGGUGUGUUUGUGUUGAAUGACAAAGAAGGUUUACCUGUUCUUGGGUAAUAAUUGAUGGGUAAUUCAUUCCUAGAUUUGAAGAGUGUUAUGAGAAGGAUUUUGAUGCAAUCCAUUCCACAUUUUGUGGUAUUAAAGAUACUCCUCUAUAAACUGGACUCCUAUCAGGGACACGUACAUACUGCACCCAAAGGCUCAGCACUUUCUCAGCUUUGUCAAAGAUAGAUAUAAUGCCUCAAACAUGUUUGACAGAUAGCCCUUUAAUGCGUGCCGUAAUUCCAGUGGCAUGCUGUAAUAGUCAUUGAAAAGUUUAAGUACCAUAGUACUACAAUACUAUGACAUAAUACAGGGCCUUUAUUAAUGCACUACAACUUGGUCAUUCUGGUAACAGCAAAUUUAUAACGCUGUGUCUUAAAGGGUUACAAGCUGAUUAUGCAUCUACAUCUGCAUAAUCAUGCAGAGGCCUUAUAGUAUUUUGCGCAAAUGGUAAAACAAGGACAGUAAAA